AUGGACAGAAAUAGCGUAUCUUCUUUUGAAAUAGAUGAUGGUUUGGAAGGUGUAGACGAUUUCACAAAUGAACCAAACCCAUUUGAUGACGCCAAUAGAUUCAAUGGUGAUACUGCUAUUGCUUCUGACAGAGUAGAAAGUGAUUCAGCUAUAAAAAAUAAGCAACAGGGACAAGAACAAGAACCAAUCGUACCUCCUCCUUCAUAUACAGAACCUGUAAGAAUCGACCAACCUUCUUCAAAUGAGACAUUGCCUCCAGGGUUAUUAAACUACUAUUCAAGAUAUUUCCAAUUGACUACAGAUGAUUUUAAAAACAGACUUUAUGACUCUAUAUCCUUCAAAAACAAGUUACAAGAUGUCGAAGGUAACGCAGAAUCAGAAGAGAACAAAACUGACCUUUAUGGUGCCAUUUGGAUUACAGCUACUUUAGUAAUGGUCCAGUACGUCACAAAAGGUUUUAUUGGUUUGAUCGUAGAUGAUAUUGUUCAAGGGAUUAAAAAUGAUACUGCCUAUGAUCGUAAGGAAACAUUCCUAGGGCUAAUCCAUUCCAUUUGGCUAUUCUAUGGUUACGUUUUCAUAGUCCCCUUUAUCAGCAUUCAGAUCUUACGUAGAGAUGAAAAUACAAAGUUUAAAAGUGUAAUUGAUCUGAUAUCUGUAUAUGGUUACGCAAAUACUAAUUGGAUACCAAUAUUUAUCAUUGAAGAUAUUUUGCAAAGGUUUAAUACUUCAAAAAUAGUGUAUAUCGUACAAUGGGCAAUCUUAGCCAUCGGUUCUGCUAAGACUGGCAUACAUCUGUAUAAAAAAUUAGACAAUGGUUCAAAUUCAAAAUUAUCUUUAUCAACUAUAAUAAUUUUAUCCCUUCAUACUGCUUUCUCAAUUGCAGCUAUGUUUAUCCUUUUCUAA